AUGUCCACCAGUGCUACGACCACUUCGGAGAUGACUUCAGGAACAGAAACGACGACGCCUUUGCCAACGAUUUUCCCGAUUACGUCAGACACUUCAUCAGCUUCUCAGACAUCUGCAACCACCUCGACUGCUUCAUCAUCUGUCGUAACUACUAUGCAAUCAACGUCAACUUCUGGAGCAAUUGAAACGUCCGAAACGACGGCAACAACUUCAGAACAGACGACUGACACUUCUUCAACGGCAUCCUCAACUUCAUCUUCAGCAUCAGAAGAAACUUCAUCAUCUGCAAGCUUUUCAACGACGUCUCCUAGAGCUCCUUCUUCUGUAACAUUUCCACCAUCCCCUGAUAUGACGUCUUCUGGAAGUUCUACGUCUCCUAGCCUUGCCACACUCCCAUCGGCUACUGAUUUCAGCUCCUCAACGACGUCUUCUGAACAUUCUACCACCUCUAGCCUUGCUACACUCCCACGGUCUUCGGAAUCAAACUUCUCAACCGCGUCUUCCGGCAGACCUUCUUCAUCAGCUUCUGAGACCUUCUCAUCGUCUUCAGAACGAACUUCAACCACUCAGAAGUCUUCAGCGCCAUCUUCGACUCCUUCCAGUCCGCCAGUGUCUCCAUCUGCCGCAACGACAUCAACCGUAGAAAGUUCCACAACCGAAGAGUGGAUCACAACUACCAGAAGAGGUAAUUAAAUUAUUUUCUGAUUUACUUAGAGGUUUUGAACUUUUCAGCGAAAUGCGCCGAAAGCUGUCCAGAAGGUUAUUUGGAAGGCGAAGGGGCCUGUUUCUUAUUCAUUACACUACCGAGAACGCUUUCUUAUCAGAAAGUAAGUCUUAAGAAAGCUUAAACAAACCAAAAUACGUGAAUAAUGUCUUCGAUUUUUUGUUUCUUUUAAAAUCUGAUCUUCUUAGGCUUUGAGCGCGUGCCGAAACACUCCUGAUCAAGACAUGAUAGGAAUUUAUAUGCUUCGGGACGCGAAGAACCUGGAUCUCUUCAAAUCACAAAGGUUUUUUUGUAACGUUUGUAAUCGCAUUUGCAAAGGUUUGAUAAACUGCUGAAAUAUUUUGAAGGAAUGAAACGUUUUUUCUUCUUGUGGAGCUUUUUGUGGUGUGUCGAAUGGUUUACUCACGGCGUUCUUUUGACGACGCCCCUCCCACAAUUUCCGUAAUAUUUGACGUCUUUGGUGCAUACACAGAGCGACGCUAA